AAAUAUUUGUAAAUAAUUUUUUAACUUUUGAGUUAAAAUAUUGACAAAUAUUCUACUAAUACAACUAGCGCCAUCUUUUGUCGAGUAGCAAAACUAAACGUUUUCUUUUUCAGGCGGCAAUGUUACGGCGAUGGUUAACGAUAUAGAUGUUGCUUUAGAAUCAGGAAUAUGCAGAAAAUGUAUAUGCAAAGAUGGCAAAGUGGAUUGUUCUAAUCAAGGGUUAACAACUUUUUUCUCUAAAGAGGAGUGGGCAGCUUUGAAAGAUUUCAAGCCUGUACACGUCGAUAUGAGCGAUAACUCCUUCGAAAAUAUAACGGCGAUCGCGGAGCUUCCAAUAGAGAUUCUAAAUCUAUCCAGAUGUGGUAUAGAGUCUAUAGAGUUUGCGGCCUUCCGUGACCUCCAACAAAUGAGAUCUCUGGAUCUUAGCCACAACAAGCUGACGUCAUCAUUGAGUCCUCACGUUUUCGAAGGUCGUUACUCACCUCAACUCUAUGAGCCUCUGCUGUCGAUGGAGGUACUGAAUUUGGCGCACAAUGAACUGCACUCCCUCCAUUCCGAUCUGUUCGAACACGUACCAGAACUGACGGAGCUGGACCUUACGGGGAAUCCUAUGACAGUUAUCGAUGAUCGCACGUUGAUCUCUAUAUCAAGCUUGAGUAUGUUAAAGGUUUUACGUCUAAGGUCGUGCCAGUUGACAGAAAUACCUGAUAAGUUUCUACACACUUUCCGGAACUUGGAGAGACUGGAUCUGAGCGACAACCUCCUUGCUGGUGUCCCUCAAGAGCUGGCAGAAUCAAAGAAUCUUCUGUACUUGAACCUCAAUCAGAAUCCUAUUAAAAAGCUGGAUGUGAAUUCUGAGGAUCAUCCGGGCUUCCCUCGCCUUCGCAAGCUGAAAGAAUUGCAUAUGUGCAAUAUGCCAACUCUAGCGGAAAUUGGGCCUGGUGCACUAGCUGGCUUGGAGAAUCUGGAAAAGCUACAUCUGAGUUUUAACCCUCAACUGACACAUAUCAGCCCUAAAGCUUUGGCUCGUGCCGACGAUAUCGGGGAGACAUAUGACUGGCCAUUAGUAAAAGAGUUGUAUCUCAAAUCUAACGCUUUAACCGAAGUGGAUUCUCGUCUGUUGUCACGCUGGGACCUUUUGGAUGCUAUAGAUGUAUCAGACAAUCCGUUCAUGUGCGAUUGUUCCACUCAAUGGAUGGUGGACAGCCUUGUACCGAUUGUGGACAAGUUAACGCCAAAUGCCUCUAGUAGUAUGGUAUGUGAGGAACCAGUGGAAAUGUUUGGUUACACAAUGCACCAUAUUAAUCAGAUUCAUCGUACCAUGCGUUGUGUCGACAAGUAUGGACAUCGGCCAGAGAGAGACGGAGCUAUGUUGAUGGGCACACUCAUUGGUGUACUUCUUGCUGUCCCCAUAAUGAUGGCGUUAAUGUUGCUAUGGAGACGUGGAUACUUCUCUUUCAUAGGAAUGAGAGGUCCAACAGAAGUGUCUAGAGCUUUCUACAAGAGAGCUCCCGAUAAUGAUAAUUUCGUAUAAACCUAGGAGACAAAACGUAGUAUAAAAACGCCAAGAUAAAAAAGGUUUCACAGUAUUCUGCAAUGCUAUUCUGUAAUAAAAUAUAUGCUAUUACAGGUAGCAUAGAGGUUCAAUGAAAUAAAAACUUUAUUGCAUCUUAAAACAGGUUUUAUUCGAUUGAAACUCUAUGUUACCUGUGUUUUUUUACAGAAUAGUACUGUGUAUGUGUUUUA